AUGUCUGCGUCUCCAACCGGUUUACAGUCGACCAAACGGCCUUUGGAGGAUCCUUCCUCGCCCUCUGGCCCCAAUGACCAACCGGAAGCCAAGCGUCCUGCUUUGGAUAAAGUAGUUAAGGGUGAUGAAACAGAGGCGUAUGCGGAUGUCAAGGCAGAGGCCUCGGGCGCUCCUAGUGCUAAUGCUGACGGCCAAGGUGAUACCGUUGUUCCUGAUGCUCCUAACGCGAAGGGUCUCCCCAACGAGACACAGCCUAUCCAGUCGACUGCAUCUCAUGGCGAUGCCGCUGGUUCUCAGACUGACAGCCGCCCUCAAGAUGAGUCCAGUUGGGUCCAUAUUCGCGCAGUAAUUUCCAGCCAGGAGGCUGCUACGGUCAUUGGUAAAGGUGGGGAGAACGUAUCUCAGAUCCGUCGUUUAUCAGGGGCCAAGUGUACCGUCAGUGAUUACUCGCGUGGCGCCGUUGAGCGCAUCCUGACCGUCAGUGGUCCACAAGAUGCCGUUGCUAAGGCGUUCGGUUUGAUCAUCCGUACCCUGAACAAUGAGCCCCUUGAUGCCCCUUCUACUGCCCAGUCCAAGACCUACCCCUUGCGUCUGUUGAUUCCUCACAUUCUCAUUGGUUCUAUCAUUGGCAAGGGCGGUGGCCGUAUUCGCGAGAUCCAAGAGGCGUCUGGUGCUCGUCUCAAUGCUUCGGAUGCUUGCCUUCCCUUGUCCACUGAACGUUCACUUGUAAUCCUGGGUGUUGCCGAUGCCGUCCAUAUCGCCACCUACUACGUGGCCGUGACCCUUGUUGAGCAGCUCACGGAGCGCUUUGGUGGACCUGCCGCUUCUGCGUACGCUACUCGAAGUGGUGGACCCGCUGGCGCUGUUCCGGGUGGCAUGCAAGUUGUCCCGUAUGUUCCUCAGCCGGCUGGUGGUCAAUAUGGCCAUCCCGACACCUUCAAGCGGCACCAUCCUCACCCCAACCGCGCUGCUGCUGGCGCCUAUGGGGUUCCCUAUCUGCAUGGACAGGCCGCACCUGCCCCCGUAGCCCAGCCUGCCAUGCCCUAUGGCGCUGCACCCCAUACCCCCUACGCUGGCGCAGGCCCUCACCCACCGACGCCGUAUGGCGCUCCGCAGCCUCCUCAGGCGCGUGGAGGCCCCACGCCUGUGGCCCCAGUGGGUGGUGGAGCUCUGCCUGGUCAGCCGCUGACUCAACAGAUCUAUAUUCCGAAUGACAUGGUCGGAGCGAUCAUCGGAAAGGGAGGAGCUAAGAUCAACGAGAUCCGCCAUCUUAGUGGUAGUGUGAUCAAGAUUAACGAGCCCCAAGAGAACAGCAACGAGCGUUUGGUAACCAUCACCGGCACGCAAGAGUGUAAUCAAAUGGCUUUGUACAUGCUUUAUUCGCGACUUGAAAGUGAGAAGCACCGCAUUUAA